GCUUCUUCUCCUUCACUUCAGUCACCUGCAGCUGCAACAAGCUACUUGAGAAUCGUCAAGCCUCAGGAGUAAUCCCUCAAUAUUCCGGAGGAGUAGGAAAUGGACAACCCAAGUUAUAAGAUCAUAAGGGUUGCCCGAGAUCAGGACCUCAUCGAGCAAAUAGGAAGAGAUAUCUAUUUUGAUGUUGUCGACCAUGACAGAGUUCGGACUUUCCAUGUCCUGAAGCAAACGCCCUUUAAACUUUUCAAGGAGGAAAUUGCUGAAGUCUUUGGCAUACCAGUGCAAUUUCAGCGGUUUUGGACAUUCGCAAAUCGACAAAAUCAUACGUACCGUCCUCGGAAGCCUCUAACGCCUGAAGAGGAAUCAAAACCUGUUGGAGAGCUGAAGGAAAUAUCAAAGAAGGCUGAGGAAAAGGAGCUGAAAUUGUUCUUGGAAGUAGAGCUUGGCCUGCAUCGUCGUCCUGUUGCUCCGCCUGUUAAAAGUACAGAAGAUAUUUUGUUGUUCUUCAAGCUUUAUGACCCUGAAAAAGGAGAAUUAAGAUAUGUUGGCAGGCUCUUCGUGAAUAGCUAUGCCAAACCUUAUGACAUUUUAGGAAAAGUAAAUGAGAUGGCAGGCUUCGGUCCAAAUGAGGAAGUUGAUCUUUAUGAGGAGAUAAAAUUUGUACCCUUUGUCAUGUGUGAGCUCAUUGAUAGGGCCGCUUCAUUUCGAACUAAUCAGCUUGAAGAUGGAGACAUCAUUUGCUUUCAGAAACGUUUCGUUGGUGCUGCUGAAAGUUGCAGAUAUUUAACUGUUCCUUCAUUUUUGGAACAUAUACGUGGUCUCCAGGAAACAGUCAGAUUCGUCUCAUAUUUCAACAGCCUGGAUGAAUUCAUUGGUGCUGCUGAAAUUUCUGGUUCCGGAGAAGGACCAAGUUCAGGCACUCAAACUUCUCAUAUACUUCCCAGAGCUCCCAGUUCCGAAGAGGUUGAGAAUGCUAAGCAGUCCUUGAAGGAAUGCCUUUCAGACCUUUUCAAGCUGAACAUGAAAGAUAGAUUAGCUUCUGCAUUGUCUACUCUCAGCAUUGCGGAAACUGGGCUAUCGGAUGAACAGAGGAGUUCAGUCUUGGAAUUCCGGGUUAACUUCGACAAUUUUAUCACGGAUUACUUGACUUUUGAGCAGGACAAUUCUGAGUAUGAGUUGCUUAAACUACAGAGCGACCUACUCUCUUCUGCCAUGAAGAAGAACCGUGAGACGCAUCUUUCCUAUAAAGAAUUGUCGGAGAAACUCGCCAGGGAAAAGGAAGAGCUGAAGAAGAAGCUGGAGGAGACAAAGUCUAGGAAUGCUAAACUUAUUUCAGACUGGGAGGCUCUUAUGGCCGAGUCAAAGGAGACAAAGUCGAAGUACAUUUCUCAGAAACCGAAGCUAGCAGAGGCCGAGGAACGGAAGAGGAUAGCAGAGGAGAGAAUGUCUCGCUCAACAGCUGCUUGGUCAUCUUUGAAGGCGCGGUUCCUUUGAAUAGGCUGUGCCAUUAUAGUGAUGGAAUAUGCUGUUUGGGAUCAAAGCAUCUGUCAAUAGGUAGAAAUAUUUCUAAAGUUCUGCCUUGUUUGGUUUCACAAACCGACUUUAACUUUAGUUUUAACUCUAGCUCACUCAACUCCACUUAUCUUCAAUUAAACAACAUAAUCAUUACUUUCUCUCAACUAUUCAUUACUUU